AUGAGCAGCCACACACAGCUGAGUGAGUUCAUCCUACUGGGAAUACCUCAGACAGAGGGACUGAAGACUAUGCUCUCUGCCAUCUUCUCAUUCACUUACCUCUUCACCCUGCUUGGCAACUUACUCAUCCUUAUAGCAAUUGUUCCCUCCUCUACCCUUCACACCCCCAUGUAUUUCUUCUUGGGACUCCUGUCUAUUUUUGACAUGUUGUUCCCAUCUGUGACCUGUCCCAAGAUGCUACUCUAUCUCUCUGGCCAGAGCAAAGCCAUUUCUUAUAAGGGAUGUGCUUUACAGCUCUUCUUCUAUCAUUUCCUGGGUUCUGCCGAAGGCUGCCUCUACUCCGUGAUGGCUUACGAUCGCUUUGUUGCCAUCUGUCACCCGCUGAGGUAUCUGCUCAUCAUGAGACCUGGACCCUGUGUUGGUUUGGUCAUGGCAGCUUGGACAGUGGGUUGUCUUCAUGCCACCAUCCUGACUUCCUUUACCUUUCAGUUACCCUAUUGUGGCCCCAAUCGGGUGGACUACUUCUUCUGUGACAUUCCCGCUGUCUUACCCCUGGCUUGUGCUGACAGCUCCCUGGCCCAAAGAGUGGGUUCCACUAAUGUCAGCUUUCUGGUUUUGAUGUUUUGGUUCAGUGUUUGUGUCUCCUACACACGCACUGGGAUUGCCAUUUUGAGAAUCCGCUCCGCAGAGGGCAGGCAGAAAGCUUUCUCUACCUGCAGUGCCCACCUCACUGCAAUCCUCUGUGCCUAUGGCCCUGCAGUCAUUGUCUACCUGCAGCCCACACCCAACCCCUUGCUUGGUGCCACGGUGCAAAUAUUAAAUAAUAUUGUCUCACCCAUGCUGAACUCGUUAAUCUAUUCCUUAAGGAACAGGGAAGUGAAAAGCUCCUUAAAAAGGGUUUUCCACAAUGUAGUAUUGACUGCUCUGGAAUAA